UUUGUAACCAUCUGUGUGAAGUUAUUGAUGACGAUUAUAGAAAUUCUCGACAACGCUUCGGAUGACUUUUCUGAAAUUCUUCUGUGUUUAACUAAACAAGAAGUUAAAGAGGCAUGUAUAUUUUCUAAUAAGACGUCUUCUGCUUCUUGUGAUAUUGAGCACUUCUAG